AUGUCCACCACCACAACGCUGCUGACCCUCCCAUUCCUCAUCCUAAUCUCUAUCCCCCUCGUCAUAACUGCCUUCAUCACUGUCUUCUUCUCUGUGGCAGCGCUCUCUAUCCAACUCGCUAUCAUCUCAAUCGAGCUAUGCUACGCCCUUGUGACAAACCUCUUCACCAUUCCCCCUUCCCCAAACUGGUCUCUCCUCAGCUUCAGCGUCUCGGGGCCCAACACCCCGGUUAGACGCCGCUCGUCAGACUAUAGUAUCCUACGCACCCCGCUCGCGUCCCUUCGGGACCAGGAUCAAAGUCAGAGCUGGAGUGGCCGUCCUACUCUUGGUCCGCGCAUGGGCUCCUCAAACCCGCUUAUAGAUAGCCAAGAUGCCCUUCCUACCAUGAAUUUGAACCAUGAGAACAAACAAAGAAACAGUAGUACCAAUACCACACACCAUAAAAGCUCCUCCGGCUUUUUCGGCCUCAUAAACGGCGACGAAGACCGCGACUUCGAAGGCCUAGGAGGCUGGCGUUGUCCACCCUCGUACACGAAAUCCCCGGGCUACCGCUCCGGCCACACGACACCGUCCUCGACCAAGUCAAACAGCAUCAGUGAUGAAGUUGACGAUAUCGCCUGGCUGUCCAUGAACAGCCGCCUCGAACUCCCCUCACAACAUAUCCCUCUGAUGCUCCGUCAUAGCAACCACAGCAACAGCGCAAGUAUGCAUACUCUUGCGCAGGCUACGCACGGCAGUAGCAGUGGCGGCGAUGCCUCGAUCUCCCCAGAUCCACAGCCGCACCUCCCCUGGCGGACUCGCAGCAGCAAGAAUAGUAUCGGGAUGCCGUCUACAGUCUCAGCAGUGACAGACUCUAAAUGGAGCAAGAAUAAGGGUCAGAAGCGGCAUCAUCGCAGGUCAGCAACGACUUCCGCACUUGCACUGUCGGGAUCUGUGCCUCGACUUGGGAUGCUUUCAGCCUCGCAGGUCUACCUCCGUCAAGCUCAGAAUCAAAAUCAAAGUCAGGGUUUGGAUUCUUGCCGAGGACGGACCCAAACACAGAUGGCUACACAGUCCAGAAGUGACACUUCGCGUUCAAAGUCUCAUACCUCGCUCUCUGAGCACUGGAGACAGAAUCAGACUACCGGGUUUGCCUCAAUGUCUAGUUCUUGGGCUAGAGGACCCAGUCCGCUGAGUGCGAGCGGUGGCACUGGGGCUCAGACGACCAGCAAUACGACCCCAAAUGAAGAGCGCAAGCCGGCUAGGAUUGCUAAUGCUGCACAAGAAUGUAGAGGUACUAGGAAAGCCCCGUUCACCAAGUCCACGGUUUAG